GUAGUAUGCACAGGUAAGGUUUGAGUGUUCUCACUUCUCAUUAUCAGAUCUAAGGCGUCAGACCUUCCACACUAUUUACAGUGUUGCAGCUGGAGUUAACACGGAAUACUGUUCUGUUUGACACUUGACUGGAUAAAUGCAGAAGAAAACGCAAGGCUCGGUCGACGUGGACACGUCGCGCAUUCUUGUGAAGGGGCCCGAGUUCUUGAGGAGACAGUUGGAGCGGGAGAGCGAGGCGAAUAAAGGGCGCGUCAGUGCCGUGGAGAGGUUGGCGGCCACUAAACCUCAAUAUGUAAAAAGCCAACAGGUGGUCGGUUCUUCUCAAGAGCCCGUCAUUAGCUUCGGGUCUGCCUCCGUGAGCAGUCAAGGGUCCUCAAAAGGCUACAGUUUCGUUAAUACAGCCGUUAGUGUUGAUGUUGAGGAUGAUAAACUGCCUCAUCAAGAAGAUCCCAAUGUAGUGAGACGGACCAGCUCGAAAAAACGACCUGACUCGAUUUUAUUAUAUAGACAGAAGUGUGAACUCAUGAGAGGGUCGCCUGUCGGAAGCAGGAAAUUGAUGAAAAAGGUGUUAUUCUCCUCAAAAGACAAGACAAACGCGUUUUCUGAGGCGCAGGGUGGCAAAUUUGAUUCUAAAAUAAAUGAUAAAGACCGCGCGCUUGGCGCCACACAUAAAGAUUGCGGAAAAGAGACCUCUCAGGUAAUUUUACCCGUCUCAAAUGGGUCAGCAGAGUUCUACCUGCAGCCAGGUGAGACAGAAGAUGUGACGACGAGAACACCUCAUCACAAGAGAGUCGCUGAAACGCGGGAGCAUGAGCGCAAGAGUCGCAGGGGAGUUGCGCGCUCGAGCUCUGACAUCAGUUCGCGCUACUCGAAAAACUUUGCGAACUUCGACGCGUUCUUCAAAUACUGCGGCCUCGAUGGUGAUGUCAUAGACUCCCUGGGCGAAGAGAACUUCUGCGCGCGCUCGGACGACAUCAGCUUGAAAAUAAGAAGUGUCAGCGUUUCGACGUCAGAUGAUGGAUUAUCGAGGAGCAGCGGCGAUAGCGACGGCCUUCUGGAGGAAGAACUGCAGCAGAAGGUCCGUCAAGGGUCGUCAGUUGUAGAGCGCAACGCUCGGAUCAUCAAGUGGCUUUACAGCUGCAGAAAUGCAGCGGAGUCAGGAAAGACUCUUCGAGAUCUGGAUUAACUUGUCUUGAGUCAUCUUAAAAGUGUUGUGAGCGAUUUGUCACGCACAAAAAGCUCCAUAGGCCUACUUACCUGAUAGAUAUCAUUAAAAUAGUUGUCCUGAGACCUCAACCUUCUCAAAAAAAAAAAAAAAAAAAAAAAAAAAAAAAAAAAAGAAAAGAAAAGAAAAAAGUGAGGUACACGGCCCGCACAUUUUUAGCCAAUCAGAAACGCUAUCAGUUUGUAAAUCAGUUUGCAGGGUCUGAGUAUGGCAAGCCGAAUUGGGUUUUAAUCAUUCGCAGGAUUUUCACCAGUUAAAAUGCUAAUUCUUGAUAUCAAGAAUAGUGAAAAUGGUAUUUUUAUAUCAGUAAUUAGCCUACAUUUGCACUAGUAAAAAAGUUAAUUCUAGAUAUCAAAAAUGAUGUCCUCACCCACAUGAAUAGACAUUCUUGAUAUCAAAAAUGAUGUCCUCACCCACAUGAAUAGACAUUCUUGAUAUCAAAAAUUUAAUUUCAACUAGUAAAAACUGUAAUUCUUAAUUUCUGUAACUGUAUUUUCACUACUAGAAUUUCACAAUGAUCUGUCAUCCACUUCUAUUCAAAACACAAUUACGGAUAUCUAAAAUUUAUUUCUUACUAUUUGAAAUGUCACAUAAAAGCAAUGCAUUUCUUACUAGUAAAAUGACCAUUUUUGAAAUCAAUAAUUACAUUGUUACAAGCUCAAAUGUCCAUUCCUGAUAUCAGCUGAAUUGCAACUUGUAAAAAUCUCAUUUUUGAUAUCAGUUAUUUGGUUUUCACUAGUGGUAAUGUUAAUUUGUGAUAUCUGUAAUAUGAUUUUAACUAGAAAAAAAAAAACUUUAGAUAUCUUUAUCUUUAAUUACUCUCCGAUUUAUUUAUAUCAAAAUUCAUUUCCAGUUAUCUAACAUGUUUAAAGACAUUUACAGAGAUAGAAAAAUGAGCAUUUUCACUAGCUGUAAUUACAUUUUUGAUAUCAAGUAUGGACAUAACUAGUAACCAUGUAAUUAUUGAUAUAAAAAUAUGUAUAAUAGAAUAUAUAUUCCUGCGAGUGAUCAUGUCAUUUUUUAUAUCAAGAAUUAAUAUUUUUACUAGUGCAAAUGUAAUUACUAAUGUAAAAAUUUAGCAUUUUCACAAGUAGUAUUUACAUUCCUGACAUCAAGAAUAAGCAUUUUAACUAGUGAAUAUUGAUAUCAACAAUCCAUAUCCUGCGAAUUAUUAAAAGUCAGUUCGGCUUUCCAUAAUGUUACUUUAUAUUAUUACAUAUUAAAAGGCCAGGUUUUAUUUCUGCUGCAUUGUAUUUCCGUUUUGUUAUGUGAAAACUGGCUUUGCACAUGAAUUUCUGCAUAAAUUAAAGAGACAUUUACAAGUUUGUUCAAUCCAUAUCAUAUUUUCCUGUCAGCUAUGGAAUGCAGAAGAUAGCACCUGGCCUUGAGCUAGGGAAAGACAAAACAGACAGUUUAGUCCAUUGUUGCGUAAUAGAGGAAAUGUUGAAGAAAAAGCAUUGUAAAUUUACACCUAGUUUGGGGGUGUAUAACAUGUGCCACUGUCACAAGUUCAAAAGAUUAGGUGGCUGUUUAUCCUGAUUGACUACUGGCUGUCUAUAGUCAUAUCCUACCUAACUCUCUAUGCUGAGCAAAUUCAGACAAUCAUGUGGUGUUUGAAGUAACAUGUUAUGAUGCAAUUUUUUGUAUGAAAAUGCUAUUAUAACAGUUAUCAGUCAAUAAAAAAUGUCCUUACCUUUCUAGCGCUGGAUAAACUGUUACAGAUACUUAAGUGUGUGUGUGUAUGUAUUUGUUGUAUGGUUUGUUAAUUUUAAUAGCUCUUGUAAAGUGUAUACAGCUCUUAAAUAUAAUCAAAACUCAACUGUUCUAAAGCCAGAUGUCCACCAGUAUUUUAAUUACCAUAAAUGCAUGUUUAUUCAUGUUAAAAAAGAAUUAAAAGUAUUCUUUUUAAACAGUUUUUUAGUCAUUUUGACAUUGACAGUGCAGAGUGCAUAGAGUCCUGUGCUUCAUGUCAUCAUUGUAUGUUAUUAAUAAUUU